CGUUAUCGUCCCUCCUUCUCACUAGAGCUGGACUCUGAAGUCAUAGUGCUGCUGCCUGCCUGCCUGCCUGCCUGUUCCCGUUUUGCCUUGUCUUUGGUGUCUCGUUUGGAUCCCAGUCUUUUGCCCGACACCAUGUUUUCCAUCACGCCGCUAUUGCUGCUGCUGCCGCUGCUGGCUUGGCCGGCCUCCACGGUGGUCACCGCCCAGUCCGAGUUCUCAAGCCAGGUCAAGCAGGCCGACCACCUCCUGAGGGAGGCUGCGGAGAACGGCUACUCAUGCUCGCGCACCAAGCCGUGCGCGCUCGGGUGCUGUAAGCUUGACGACACGGGCGUGGGCGUGUGCGGCGCGGGGCCCGACUUCUGCGGCGCCGGCGUCUGCUACUCGCAGUGUUCGUGGAAGAGCGAGUGCGACCCGGGCUGGGGCCUGCAGUGGAGCAACAUGUCGACGUGCCCGCUCAACGUGUGCUGCAGCAAGUUUGGCUUCUGCGGCACCACGGCCGAGUUCUGCAACGGCAAGGUAGUUUCCAAGCCAGAGUGCUCCGGCCGCAGCUCAGACGCGAGGACAAUCGGCUACUACGAAGGGUGGAACGGCCAGCGACCGUGCAGCAAAAUGAAGCCGGCCGACAUCCCGCUCGGUUACUACACCCACAUCUUCUACUCGUUCGCCCUCAUCGACCCGCACAGCUUCCACGUGGUGGCCAUGGACGCCGAAACGGCAUCGCACUACGACGAGGUUACGUCCCUUAAGGCGAGCCAGCAGGGCCUCGAGGUCUGGAUCGCCAUCGGCGGCUGGGCCAUGAACGACCCGGGCCCGUACCGUACCACCUUUUCCAGCUUGGCCUCGAGCGAAGCCAACCAGAACGCCUUUUUUGAUUCCCUCGUAACGUUUCUGUUGCGACACGAUUUCGACGGCGUCGAUAUCGACUGGGAGUACCCCGUGGCCGAAGACCGGGGCGGCGUCGAGGCCGACUUCAGAAACUUUGCAAACAUGCUGCGGCGGCUGCGCGCCCAUUUAAACCGUUCCGGCAAACGGUUCGGGGUUAGCAUCACCCUGCCGGCCUCGUACUGGUACCUGCGCGGCUUCGACAUCGUCAACCUGGAGCCGCACGUCGACUUCUUCAACGUCAUGACGUACGACAUCCACGGCACCUGGGACAGCACGGUGCGGUCGCUAGGCUCGUACGCCUUCGCCCACACCAACCUGACCGAGAUUGACCUGGGGCUCGAACUGCUGUGGCGCAAUAACGUCAACCCGCAACGAGUCAACAUGGGCCUCGGCUUUUACGGCCGCAGCUUCACUAUGAAGGACCCGUCCUGUAUGAAGGCCGGCUGCGAGUUCACCGGGGGCGCCAAGGGCGGGGAGUGUACGGGCACCCCGGGCGUGCUGUCGGCGGCUGAGAUUGUCAAGAUCCUCAAGCGCAGCGAUGCCCGCAUGACCCUAGACGAGGCGGCCGCCGUCCAGAUCGUCACCUGGGAUUCGAACCAGUGGGUCUCCUGGGACGACCAGAAGACGCUCGAAAUGAAGCAAGACUUUGCCAACCGACGCUGCCUUGGGGGCGUCAUGGUGUGGGCCAUUGACCUGGACGACGGCACGCUCAUCGACAAACUGGGGUCCAAUCUGGGCCGACCAAAGUCGCAAGUCUACCGUGGCACCUAUGACACGGCCGACGCCGCCACCUAUACGACGGGUGAGAAGGCCGAGCUGUAAACAUUCAGACUUUGUUAUGUAGGUAGUUUUCCUUUUGUGUGUUACCAUGGAUUAUUCUGGGGAGAAUUUGAACAGGGACAUGAUGAACAAAGCGCAAUGUUGCAGCCAGCCUGAUGUGUGUGAAACUACGUAGGUGUUUGCCAAAGUUCCUUUAUAUCAUUAUAAAACUUAACGACCGGGGUUUCCGCACUGC